UGAGGACCCGCCUACAGUACGCCAUGUGGAUGUGCUGUAAAUGUUUGGUUCAGGCCUGAGAAAUUUUAGUCACGAGUAUCUUGUGAUUCGUUGGUCGAGAUCAAUUUAGGACUUUCGAUGGAGGCUGAAUCAAGAUCUGUUACGCUCGAAGAUGAGGAAUUGCUUGUGUGCAAUGAAGAAUAAGUACUGUGGUACUAGCUAGCAGCAUGACACAGUUUGGAUCCUCAUCGUCGUCAUCGUCCAUGGUAUCUCUUCGGGCGAAGAAGCACAAGAGCAAGAAGGUGUCUCUGUUUUGUAUUCUUUCUACAUUGCUGGCCAUUUCGAUAUCGACGCUCCUGUUGUUUCUUCGAUUUUACGAUGCCAGUACUCGUUCGUCCGCGCUGCAACUACAACAGGAGCACCCGGAACAGUUGUUGCUUCCCACACCGCAACAACGCAAGACAGUGCAGCAAUUGGAACAGGAAGAGUAUAUGAGAACGGGACGAAAACCCAAGGGAAUGGAUCCACAUUAUUCCCAACGGCAGAUCCAAAAAAAGAAACAAGCAGAGCAAGAAGACGAGGAAGAAGAAGAGGAGGAGGAUGCCUUGCUCAUGCCCAAAGAAGAAAAGGCAUUCUCCAACUUUGCCAAAGUUACUAGGAAAACAAAAUCAUCAGUCACCAAUCCGCCCACUACCACUACAAAACCACUACGCCAGAAAAAGACUCAUUUCUUUCAAGACUUUCCACCUCAAGAGAAAUCGGAUCAUCAAGACCACGUGAUGCCAGAUCCAAAUCCUGGUGCUCAAACCGCAACUACUGCUACUGCUAUCGCUGCUAAAAACAUCAACCAAAAUCUUCGCAACAAACCCUACAUCUUUCCCAAAACAAUCACACCCCUGCUGCAUCCCACGUCAGCCCCACUUGAAUUGUUUGAUGCUCCCACUAUUCACUUUAUGAAUAUUAGUCAAGUUUCCAUGCAAGAUUCCUUUAGUGCCAGUUGGUUCCAACGAAAACAAGAGUUCAUGGACAUGCCACUGGACAAAAUCAUGAUUUGCGAAGAUGCCGCCUGGGAGGCUUGGAAAUCCUUUCCCGAACGAUUGCGCAUGACCGUCGAUGUCCUCGACUUUUCCGUCGAACACUUGUCCAAAUGGUGGAAAUUCAUGACCUUUUGGAAAACAGAUGUCGCCUACGAGACACUCAUGAGUCGGUUGCACACGUAUAUUGUACGCGGCAAAAACUAUCCUACACCACCACAACAACCCAUGCUGGCCGAAACACUCUCCAUGAUUGCCUUCCAACCGUACUUGCACAAAACCGAACAAGUUCGACAUUACAAUUUGACCGUCGUAUCCUUGGCGGCUACGAUUGAAUCCAUUCGACGAGCGCAAAUGGGACGGGUCGUCGUGGUGGGAUUGGUCGACAAUGGACAACAAAUUGCCCAAGACGCCUUUUCCUAUUUGGCCAAACAUGUGCCCGACAUGACGCACACCCAAAAUGCCCACGGCAUCAUAACGCACAUUGGACAUUUGCAAGUGGCGUAUGCUCCGGGAUCCAAAACGAUUGCCAAGUCCAAACAUUUGGCCAAGAAUAUUCCCCGGACCGUGCUAUUUGGAACCCGGUUGGCAUUGGAAUUGGGAAACAAGCCGAAAGAUCAACUGCAACCCAAUGAAACGGAAUACGUCGAAACAUGGUUGGGCAAAGGAGAUCCAUCCUAUUGGAAAUAUUUGUAUCUCACCGAACCCGACACGCUCUUGAAUGCACGAUCCAUUCCACAGCUAAAAGCGCAGGCCGAUCAGGGGCGGGUCCUGGCGCCGCAUCGGUUACAGCCCAUUCCACACGAAAGCGAUCUCCAAGGAUUGGCCAACAAAUUUCGAUAUCUCAAUCAAGCCAAUGGAUUUGAUCACGUGUGGGAGUUGGAUGUUGUCGACGAGCACGAUGUUUGUUGCGAUGAACAGCAAGGUCCCGAUCACAAACCGGGCAAGACCGAUUUUGAAGAUUGUGGAACCUGGUGGUACAUGUGUGGAUUCAAGAAGGAUUUCAACGACAAAUCACUGGGCGAUGUUCAUGAACGGUUACGGCCGUAUCAGUUUAUGAAACUGAAACAGGGGACUGGAUUGACACUCUUGUCGGGAAACCUCUUUGGAAGGCGUUGUUUUCCAGCCAAAAAGAGCUUUUGCAAACCGCCAUACGUAAAGGAUUGAUGGAAACGACGACGAAAGGGGCUUGCUAUAGUAGCAACAACAACAAGCAAUCAGCAAACGUAUUCGUUGUGUCAUACCGUACUACAAUUCUCUCCUUCACUUCGGCUGCUUUGGGUCUCCACGAGGGUGGAUAGGGGCACGCAGGUUAUCUCUUUUGAUUGCACGUAAGCGGCGAAGCCAUAACUGGCGUUUUCGGUACGGGAAAUGAUGCCGCAUGAGAAAUAGCCAGCUAGCUUAGAUCUUUUGUCUUUCCCUGCUGUUUGGGAAAACUGGUACAUAGUAAAACUCCAGAAAGGAGCACGAAACUUUGUCGAGAUUUAAAGAUCAGAGAUCUUGUUAUUUAUUAUGCCUAACCUUGUUAAGGACACACUACCGUGUGAAGUACCGGUAGCCCCCAGAUACAUUAAGUGCCGUAUGGUAACCACGAGAUAUUUUUCAUAACAGAGACUUUCUAAAGCCAACGCACAGACUCGGUACUUUGUAACACGAAGCACAACCUUCGUAAUUCCAUUUGUCCCGAGGGUUAAGUUACUAAUUAAUCGUUCGUAAGCCCCAGACCCAAAGCUCUUCAGCAUCCCAGCAACAACUGUAACACGAGAUAUUACCUUCGUAAUCACACCUGGAACCGGUUCGGGCGAAACCUGCAAACUUACCAGCAGGAAGACCCUACCCACCCUCACGGGCAGGUACUGACGCCAGGAAUCGAACCUGGAGCGAGAAAGAGUGGUCCAUACCUCCUCUAACCAGCUGAACCAUCCCGCACGAAACUUUGUCGAGAUUGAAUUCCAUAGUUCCACUCAAUCACUGCCACCUGUUCUGGUCGUUUGUCAAGCGAUGAAACCUGCACGAGCGGCCAAUUCGCUGAUCAUCCCUCCAUGGACUGUAUCGGUAUGAGAUUAAAUUGGGUUUUGAUUGGGACCGUGCUUUAUCAGGCGUAAAUUCGUUGGAAAACAUUUUUAACCCACUCUAAGCUGUAACGAUUGUCC